ACAAGCCACUCCUCCUCAAAUAAUACGCCCUGGGAAGACCCCAAUUUUGCAGCGAAGGAUUUACCGAGUCCGGUGUUACAGGGGAUGUGGUUUUACCCUCUUGUGAAGUCGAUCCGCUCCGAGCAGUUCACAAAAAUAGUUUCUUGGUUUAAUGCGGUGGACACCGAUCGCUCCGGGACGCUUGAAAUAGCCGAAUUAGGUCGUGGGACAUACCCCGGGAACAUCAAAGUGUCGAACCAAACGGCUUUAAGAUUUAUGAGGGUCUUCGAUAGUUUAAAAACUGGCCAUCUUACUAUCUACGAGUUCGUUGGGAUAUAUAGAUUUCUUGAGAUAUGUUAUGCGCUCUUCACCGAAAUACCAGGGAGUUCACACCUUGUGCUCCAGCGAAGAAUCGUCGCACUAGGGUUCCCUAUCGCAGAACAGUCAAGCCUCAUUCUCUAUAAGACCUUUGCAAGUAACGAUUGUUUGGACUUGAAUAACUGGGUCGGUGUCGCAACUUUUGUCCUUCAAAGCAGAGCAAACUACCAGGAAUUCGUGGACGCCGGAAUGAUGAAAAAUGAAACAAACCCCUUCGACGCCGCAAAAAUCGUCGACGCUAUGUGUGUCAUGAUAGAUAAAUAA